AUGAACAAGGAGCCUUCCCAUCAUAUAGCUUUAAAUCGUCUGCUUGAAAAGAGUGAAAAACUAGUGCUGGAGGAAACUGCGUAUGAAGAAAUAGAAAGGGAUUUUCAGGAGGUUCUCAGCGAACUUACAGGGGACAAAAGUUUGGAGAGAUUUAGGGUUGAAUAUGAGAAGCUUCAUGCUGUCAUGAAAAAGUCUUACGACAAUGAAAAGCGUUUGAUGGCCAAGUGCAGAGAGCUGAAUGCGGAGAUAGUGGUUAAUUCCGCGAAGGUCGCCACUGCCCUGAAGCUCUCUCAGGAUGAUCAGAUCACCAUCACAUCCCUGAAGAAGGAAAUUGAAAAGGCUUGGAAGAUGGUGGACUCAGCCUAUGACAAAGAGCAGAAGGCAAAGGAGACGAUUCUUGCCCUGAAAGAGGAAAUAGUGAACCUAAGCAAACUAGUCGAGCAAGGGUCUGGACUCUCCAUGGACCAGGAUAGCAAUAUCCGAGAUUUGCUGAAGUUCAAAGAAGAAGUGACAAAGGAGCGAGACCAACUCUUCUCAGAAGUGGUGAAAUUACGAGAGACCUUAGCUCAGACCACUGAACAGCAACAAGAAAUGGAGCGGUCCAGGGAAGAGGCCGAGCAGACCAUCAGUCAGUUCCAACAAGAAAUCCAGCAACAUCAGAACGAAGCUUUGCGGGAGACUCGGAAGAAGGAAAAACUAGAGAAAGAGCUCAAGCAGAUUCAGACGGACAUGGACACCAGGCAGACAGAAAUCAAGGCCCUGCAGCAGUAUGUGCAGAAGAGCAAGGAGGAGCUUCAGAAGCUGGAGCAGCAGCUGAAGGAACAGAAGAUACUGAAUGAGAGAGCUGCAAAGGAGCUGGAGCAGUUUCAGAUGAGAAAUGCUAAACUUCAGCAAGAAAACGAACAGCAUAGUUUGAUCUGUGAGCAGCUAUCCCAGGAAAACCAGCAGAAGGCGUUGGAGCUCAAAGCCAAAGAGGAAGAAGUCCAUCAGUUGCGCCUUGAGAUUGGGAAGCUCAACAAAAUCAGAGAACAAAUCCAUAAGAAAUUGCACCAGAUUGAAAGUCAAAAGGGAGAAGUGGAACAGCACAAGGAAACCCUGAAAAAUCAGAUCUUGGGAUUAGAGAGAGAGGUGGAGGCUUCCAAGAAACAAGCAGAACUUGAUAAGAAAGCAGUGGAUGAGCUUCUGAGAGAAAGGGACCUAUUGAAUAAGAAUAUGCUUAAGGCGGUCAGUGCAACCCAGAAACAGAUAGACCUGGUGAAGCUCCACGAACAAGCCAGGAGAAACCUGGAGGAAGAAAUCCAGAACUAUAAAGAAGAGGCUCAGAAGCAGAGAAAGAUUAUCUUUCAACUGGAAAAGGAGCGAGAUCGGUACAUCAGUGAAGCCAGUGACCUUACCCAAAAGGUCCUCAUGAACAUGGAAGGCAUAAAAGUCCGUGAAAUGCAGAUUUUUGACUACAGGAAAAAAAUCGCUGAAUCAGAGACUAAAUUAAAACAGCAACAGAACCUGUAUGAAGUUGUGCGGUCAGACAGGAAUCUGUAUAGCAAAAAUCUGGUUGAAGCUCAGGAUGAAAUAAUGGAAAUGAAUAGAAAAUUAAAGAUUAUGACUCAUCAGGUAGAUCAAUUGAAAGAAGAAAUCUCAGCCAAGGAGUCAGCACUUGCGAAGCUACAUCUGGAACAACAGCACAUAGAAAAGGAGAAGGAAACGUUGAAGGCUGAGCUGCAGAAGCUGAGACAACAAGCAUUGGAGACCAAACACUUCAUUGAAAAGCAGGAAGCCGAAGAGAGAAAACUCCUGCGAAUCAUUGCCGAGGCUGAUGGGGAGAGGCUGAGACAGAAGAAGGAGUUAGACCAGGUCAUCAGCGAGAGAGAUAUCCUUGGGUCACAGCUAGUCCGGCGCAAUGAUGAGUUGGCUUUGCUCUACGAGAAGAUCAAGAUCCAGCAGUCCGUGCUGAAUAAAGGCGAGAGCCAGUACAACCAGAGGUUGGAGGACAUGAGAAUCCUCAAACUUGAGAUCAAGAAGCUUCGCUGGGAAAAGGGGAUUCUUGCCAGGAGUGUGGCUAAUGUUGACGAACUCAGGCAGGAGCUUUUUCACACGCAAAGGGAGUUCCUGAAGGAGAGGACAAGAUGCCGAGCCCUGGAGGAGGAACUGGAGAACCCCAUGAAUGUGCACAGAUGGAGAAAGCUCGAGGCCAGUGACCCCAGUACCUUUGAGCUGAUACAGAAAAUUCAUACCCUGCAGAAGCGUCUCAUCAGCAAGACAGAAGAGGUGGUUGAAAAAGAGCUGCUCCUUCAGGAAAAGGAGAAACUGUAUGUGGAACUAAAGCACAUCCUGGCCCGGCAGCCUGGGCCUGAGGCUGCAGAGCAGCUACAGAUCUACCGCCACACGCUGCGGGAGAAGACCAAGCAGCUUAAAGUUUUGUCUUCAGAACUGAAUAUGUAUGAAUCACAGAGCCAAGAAUAUAAGUAUGAGAUCGAGAAACUUAGCAAUGAACUGCUGAACUUAAAGAAGAAAUACCUUGCUCAGAAACGUAAAGAAUACAUUCAGAAGAACAAGGACAGAAUAGGUACGGAGAAUGCCUUCUCAGUGGCCAAACUAACUGGCCCUCGUUUUGCGGGGGGUGGAUUUCCCCUCAGCAAGUCAUCCAAGAUGAAGUCCUAA